UUUCCGCCCCCAUUCUGGCCGAAGCCAACCGAACCCUCGCGUCGGCCGCCGAGAACUAGGGUUUUUAUAUACACUUGCACUUCCCAACUCCGAAAUUUUCUGGGGUUUUAGCUCGCUCAUUUUCUCCCUCUCCGUCUCGAUCUCUUCUCCGCCUUCAUGAAUCUCUCCCGAGCAUUCGCCUCCCUGCUCUCCUCCUCCUCCUCGUUCCAAUACAAAAAAUGGCUAUCGAUUCGUCCCAUCGUAAUUGCCGCCUUCCAGUCCUCCGCUCUUUUGUCCACCGCCGCCGCCGCCACCGCCGCCGUUGCCACCGCCGCACCGGCCAAGCGCACCCAUAAGGGAAACUCGAAACCUAAGCCGGAACAGGACCGUCUAGGGAUUUCGAAUUCCGACUGGAAUCCCUCGGGUCCGAAGGAUCUGCCCAGGCCGAGUGAGGUCCCCUUCCAGCCCAGGGUUGCCAAUUUGGUGCACCUCGUCGGGACUGUCGGCGUGCCCGUCCAGCUCCAGACCUUGCCCAACGGCAUGUACGCCGCUGUGUCGGUCCUUGUUCAGGAAAAUACUAAGAAGGGUUUGCCACAGUUCUGGAUUCCAAUUAUUUUUCAAGGUGAUUUGGCACAAUGUGCUGCAUGUUAUUUGAAGGAAAAUGACCUUAUCUACAUAACUGGACAAUUAAGUGGAGAUGCACCUCCAUUCACAGUUAAAGAUGCUCAAACUAAAAUACAGGUCUUAGCUCAUAGCAUAAGUUUUGUGCAAAAAGAAUGUCCAGAAAAGGAAGGCCAGAAAGUGUCUGAAAAACAUGAGGUGGCUUCAGAUAGUUCAGCUGAGCUGGAGGAAAAUUCAUCCGUCCUGCACUUAUGGAAUGACCUUCUUGCAAACCCUCAUGAAUGGUGGGAUAACAGAUCAAGUCAGAGCUAUCCGAAAUCUGCAGCAUUUAAACACAAGGAAAGUGGCCAAUUACUUUGGAUAGAUGAGUCAACUCCAGAGUGGGUUUUAUCAAAAUUGGAUGGUCUGUCAUUCAAAAAGAGUGGCAACUUAAAGAAGCCAGAGAGUUCUAUGAAAUUAUGGAACGAUCUUGUUGUCAAUCCACAACAGUGGUGGGAUAAUCGGAUGGAUAAAGUGAAUGGAUUGAAAAUUUCCAAGUACCCAGAUUUUAAGCACAAGGAUGAUGGGAAAGGAUUAUGGCUUGCUAGUGCACCAGAUUGGGUGUUACCGAAAUUGGAUGGCUUAGUGUUCGAUGGAAGCAAUAAUACAGAAAAUCAAGGGACAAAAAAGAAUGUAAUACAAGCUCAGAACACUGAAAAUGGAAUUGUUAGUGGGGAAAUUCAUAAAUUUAACAAAGGAAAAAAUUCUUCCGCGAUAUCUAAAAAGAAGAAUAAUGAGGAUUUAUGGAGAAGUCUUGUGGAAAAUCCAAGCAAAUGGUGGGACAACCGAACAAAUAAGUUGAAACCGAACUCUCCUGAUUUUAAACACAAGGAUACUGGCGAAGCUUUGUGGCUUGGUUCUUAUACACCUCAAUGGGUUCUGCAAAAGUUGCCUCCAUUGAAUACUGAGAAAAAAGUUGUUGGCCAUGAUAAGGCCACCCUCGGAUCAGCUACCCUGCCUUUCUGAGCUACACAAGCUGCUGUUUUGACUCUUACUCAGGUUCAUGUUCUCUACCCUGCAUGAUUAUCUGAGGCCUUUUUCAAGUCUCAAUGAAUGCGAGACAGCAAUUGUGUUUCCUCAGCAGCAACAAGAAAAAUGUCUAUAUGCCUUUGCAUCCAUUCAUGUGUUGAUUUGCUCCUGAUGCAAGUGCAAGUGCUAACUGCAUCCAUGUCAAGUUGUGGUGCAAGUCGCAUUCUCCUCAACAUAAUGAGCUAAUGAUCCAAAAGGUUCAGUAAUCUGGCAUAAAGAAAUCUUCUUCUGAUCUAGAUUAGAUUGACAUGUACUAGUAUUGAUAUCAUGUAUAUCAAAUAUAUAUCAAAUAUGUGUUGUUACUGAGAAGAAAAUCACCGAUAUCCCUGAGUUAAACUUAGACCUUUUUACUGAGCAAUUCCCAACUGUUAGAAUAGAGUUCUUGUACAUGUCAGUUGUCUUGCUCUCCUUUUUGAACAUUUUUUUAUUGUUUCAUGUAAUUGGAACAUUUGCAAGUUCAACUAGAGCAACAGCCCUUUUAUUGUGUUGCUGUAAGUGCAUGGUGAUAUGUAACCUCAACUUCAGUAUACAGCUUCAAUGCUGCAACUUGACCUAUGGAUUGCUUGAGUUUGCAGGGGCCGAGGGCAGCGGUAAAACAUUGAUUAGAAUUAUGCUCGAGUAUUAAGUUGCAACUCCAGCUAGGGAGUAGCUUCAAUUCUUGGCAAAUGCUCUGUAAAUGAGAACAAUGAGAAUUGCUGUUACCAGAA